AUGUCCUCCCUCACUCCUAGCGGCAAGGUGAUCGGCCCGAAGCAGCGCAAGGUGGCGCUUUUGGGAAGCAGGAGUGUCGGCAAAUCCUCCCUGACGGUCCAAUUCGUCGACGAACACUUUGUCGACAGCUACUACCCCACGAUCGAGAAUACCUUCCAGAAGCUCGUCAAGCACAAGGGCCAGGAGUACCAACUCGACAUCAUCGACACGGCCGGCCAGGACGAGUUCUCGAUCCUCUCUUCACGCCACGCCGUCGGCUUGCACGGCUGGAUUCUCGUCUACUCGGUGUCGUCCCGCUCGUCCUUCGAGAUGUGCUCGAUUAUCCGCGAGAAGAUCCUCAACUACACGGGACGCGAGUCGGUGCCGAUGGUGCUGGUCGGCAACAAGUCGGACUUGGCAGUACAGCGGCAAGUGUCGAAGGAGGAGGGCGCGGCGCUCGCUGCUAGCUGGGGCUCGACAGCGUUCCUCGAGACGUCGGCAAGGACGGGCGAGAACGUCCAACGCGUGUUUGAGCAGAUUGUCGUCCAGAUCGAGGCGGAGCUGAAUCCGGCGCCCGCACCGGCGCAGAAGGGCGGCUGCGUGCUCAUGUGA